GCUGCUUUUCUGAAAUUACAUGACUCCUCAAAGUAUGGCUUUGGGUCUCCGUCUUCAACAAUCCCAGAUCGCCACCAAAAAAAAGUCCUCGUUCUCAAUUACCAUGACUACUCAAAACAUGGGCUUGGGUCUCCGUUUAUCUGCACGAGUAAUUGGCCCUGACCGAGCUUACGCCGUCACGCAAACAUGAACCGAAAGCACCUGGAAUUGGGUCUCCGUUCCUCUUCGGCUGCAAUUGAAUGGUCUCACGACAGGAGCAUCCUCGACCGGCUUCUCGUUAACAUCUGGAAAAGUUUUACAAGCGUCACGCAUACGACAGGGCCAUGCAUCCAGCCUUGGUCCUACAAACAGCUGUUCAACGUCAUGGCAUCAAGGGGUGACAGAAACGUAUAAGAACAGCAAAGACCAGCCCCAGGAGAGCAAGGGACAAAUUCUCCAAUCUUGACUGAGACUGACAGCAUUCAAACGUCUUCACUAUCGACCACCAUCAUGGCUCCAAUCAGCACCAACGACGUGGAAGGCGCCACUUCAAUUACAAACGUAUCAAAGGGUUCCCUGCCAAAACAACCCUCUUCGAAGGCCAAAUUCGACAUCUUCCGCCGGCUAGUUCCCGUCGUGGCUGAUGGAACCGUCACCCACCUCAACGCUGGGUUCAUGCCACCAUCAAACUUGGUCACCCACGAAGCGAUCAGUCAGUUUUGCACCCAGUGGCUUCAUAGCCCCUCGCCAAAACAUUCAUGGCGGCAAAUUGCGGAAGAAGUUCGUGUCCUGCUCGCACAAUACAUCAACACCGACCCGUCGUGUCUCGCAUUUACUCGGGACACGACAGAGGCAAUGAGCUACUUCAUGCAUAGCCUCAACCUUCAGCCAGGUGACAAUGUCGUUAUUCUAGACUGCGAACAUCCUAACCAAGCUUAUGGGUGGCUGUCUUUGCGAUCUCUCGGCGUCGAGGUUAGGCAAGUCCCAACGGAAUCAGAAGCGAACGGGUUCGCCACAGCAGCCAACGCCAACACCUUUGCCGACCACGUCGAUGACAGGACUCGCGCCAUUGGCAUCAGCUCUAUCAUGUUUCACAGUGGACAGUGGAACGAUGUGUCGGAUAUCUGUGCCGCAUAUCGGCCCAGAGGAAUCCAUGUUCUGGCCGAUUUGACUCAGCAAGUGGGUUUCGCGGAUGUGGACGUUCAGGAGCUAGGCGUGUCUGCAGCAGCUUUCAGUCUGCACAAGGGACUCAAUUCCCCCCUGGGGCUUGCAGCUCUCUACGUCCAUGAAGAUUUCAUCCGCGAUCUAGACCCGAUACCGCCAAUCGUUGGAUAUGGUUCCGUGCGCAACACAUCAGAGGACUUCAUGAUUCCGAAUAGCCCAAUCGGCUUUCAUCCCUCAGCUCGCAGAUACGAACACGCUAAUAUGAACCUACUGGCGGCAUCUGCUGCAAGGGCGUUUCUCCAGUUCUAUCUGGACAUCAUGGGCCCCGAAGAGGUCAAAGAGCAUCUUUAUACUCUUGGCGACGCCCUGCGCGAAAAGUGCGAACAACUAGGAGUAGAAGUUCUCGGACCUUCAGAGCGUCGCAGCCAUGCGCCACAUUUGUACAUCCUCAAAUUAUACGAAGACAAAUGGGAGGAGCAUUUCAAGCAACACGACGUGGCAGUGACAGUUUAUCGAUGGGGUGUGAGGGUGUCAUUUGGGUUCUACAGCUCUCUGGACGACGUGCAAAGACUGGCAGAUGUCAUUCAAUACGGGUUAGAUGCUGGCUUUCAGAUUUAAGCAGCUAAAUGAGUGGCUGAAGCGAGAGAAGUUGCAUCUAAGUGGUUUCUAGAAGUUGGGUAAAUAGAAUAAUGUUUGUAGAAAAUUCUAGUGGUAUUCCUUUUCAGAUGCCGUCGUCCAGUUCA